AUGUUCAAGCCUUGCAUUCUCUUCGCCAUUGUGCUCCUCGCCAGUGCCACUUCAGCUCAGCAGAAGGACGCUGAUGGUUGGACCGUAGUUGCCCAGCGCAGCACUGGCAACUUGAACUUCUAUCGCAACUGGGCGGACUACAAGGCGGGUUUCUCUGAUCAGGCCGAGGAGUUCUUCAUUGGCUUGGAGAACCUGCAUCAAAUGACUUCCAGCGAGCCUCAUGAGUUGUCCAUUGUGCUCGAAGACUUUGACGGACAGACUCGUACGGCGAAUUAUGCUGAGUUCUUGAUAAACGGCGAGGAUGAUGGCUACCGUCUAGCGGUUCUGACCAAUUACACUGGCGAUGCCGGCAACUCCUUGUAUUGGCACAGACGCAUGCGCUUCACCACAUAUGAUCGUAAAAAUGAUGGAUCUAUGGCCAUGUAUAACUGUGCAGAUAUUGCAAUGGGUGGUUGGUGGUACGACAACUGCUCCUACAGCAAUCUGUUUGGCCUCUAUAUGAAUGGUGAGCUCGAGACUCGCAACGCACGCAAGGGAAUGUACUGGGAAAUGUUCCGUGGUAUUCAAUACUCGCUUAAGUCCAUGAAGAUGAUGGUGCGCCCUGCUGCUGCUAAGUAA